AUGGCUAAAGUGUCUAGAGGUUUUUGGAACCCCAAACGUUUGGUAUGGUUCAUCCUAUGUAGUAUAGUAGCUAUCAUUUUCGUUGUUAGGUUCUUCAAUAAUUCAGAUAGUACAAAUUUACAAAAUAUUUUACAAAAUUUGCCAAAAGAGAUCUCUCAGAGUAUAAAUAAUGCUGCCUCCAGACAGAAUUCUGAUUUGGAUAUCCUGGCUGAGUUCGAAAGACUUGCAGAAGAGAUAGCUCUGAAGCAAGACUAUCAAAUGCAACAGAUGGAGAAACAACGUCGUCUUAUUGAAAAAAAGAUCAAAGAAUUGAAACCGUUACCAAGUGAUCUGACUUUGCGUGAAAAAUUAGCUUUUACUUUUGAGUAUGAGCCAAAGAGAAAGUUCCCUGCUUUCAUUUGGCAGACUUGGAAGCUCGAUGCAAACCCAAGAGAUACAUUGUUGAAUAAAGAAAAUUGGGAUGAGAAAAACCCAGGUUUUGUUCAUGAAAUAUUGAAUGAUGACAUUAUGCAUGCAUUUGUUCGUCACUAUUACUCAACAAUUCCUGAAGUCAUUGAAGCUUAUAACGUUUUACCUUCACUGGUUUUGAAAAUUGAUUUCUUCAAAUAUUUGAUUUUAUUGGCGCGUGGUGGUGUCUUUGCUGAUAUGGAUACUGUUCCGUUAAGACCUAUCCCAAAUUGGAUUCCAGAGGACAUGAAUCCAAACGAUAUUGGGUUGAUUGUGGGUGUUGAACACGACGCAGAGCAUGGGUCUAACAACUGGAAAAAUAAAUAUAUUAGAAGAUUACAAUUCGGUAAUUGGGUCAUUCAAGCCAAACCAGGACAUCCUGUUAUUAGGGAGAUUGUUGCUCAUAUCACGGAAGAAACCAUACAGCGUAUGCUCGAGGGACAACUGAAAGUUAAUAUUAGAAAUGAUUUGAGUAUCAUGUCAUGGACCGGUACCGGUAUCUGGACCGAUGUUAUCUUCACUUACCUCAAUGAUUAUAUGAAAAGUGGAUUACUUGAAAAGAUUACCUGGAUGCACUUCCACAAAUUAACCAAACCUAGACUUUUAAGUGACAUACUUGUAUUUCCAGAAUUUUCAUUUAAUGCGCCAUACACAAUUGAGAAUGAUGAUUUACAUAAGGAGAUGUACUUCACAACGCAUGAGUCAACAAAGUUUUGGAAAGCUGCGCCAAAAGUUGCGAAGUAA